AUGACAACAAUUAUGAAAAAUUUUCCGCUAUUAACUGAAAUUGAUGAACAGAAUAAUUCAGAUAAUAUUGAUUGGAAUACCAAUGCGCUUCAAACAUUACUGACAUCUAAUCUACCGACAACAACAAUCUUUUACUAUGCUAUUGAUGUUGGCUUUCGGAGAUUGGAAAGUAGUUUAUAUGAAACUUAUUGGGAUCCUACAGCUGAUGCUUUGAAUGAUUUAUCUGAAUUUUUGUUUAAUUCAUCAUCUACCAAUGACAUUGAUCCAUAUUUAUAUGAAGCAAAAUGUCAAUUAUUAUUUUAUGCGUCGAUCGCAAUUAUUAAACUAAAUACGAUUAGACGUCGAUCGAUAAAUGAAGCGAAAAUGUCUUGUGCAGCUGUUUGUUUACUAUUAUUAGAACACAGUAAAUCGUACGAAACUCUAUCAGUCAAAAAUCAAUAUUCAUCUUGUAUUCAUUCAAUGCGCUGCCGUUAUUUAAAACGAAUAUUUAUUAUUGGACAAUGGUUAUCAACCUUAUCGAAAACACAAUUCAAUGAUAUACAAUCUAAUCAUGAACAAUACAUUGAAACAAUGCUUGAUCAUUUAUUUCCAGCUGUAUCUUUAAGAAAUAAAAUCAAUGGAUUUAUUGAUAACUGUUUACUAAAUAAUAAUAAUAGUGAAAACGAUUUUCCGGACAACGAAACAACAUCAAGUGGUUUUGUAUUUAUUAGACGUUUCUCUAAAUUCAAUGAAAAAUCAAUUGAAAAACAUAGUGAUCUGAUGCAUAUGGGACUUGUUAAUACAUUAAAUCAAUUGAAUAAAAAUCCUACUCAAAAAUUAAUCUGUUGCAUAUGGACAUUAUGUUGUAUGAUUGAAGCAGAUCGAGUGUCACUUGGAGUUUUAAAUCGUUGUAUCACACGUGAACAUUUUUCAGUUCUACCGAUUGAUUUCGAACAAAAACCACUAACAAUCGAAUCAUUAAACGAACGAGAUAUAAUUGUUUUUCUUCUUCUAUGUGCACAACAAAAUGUGCAUUUAUACGGUGAAGAUUCAACAUUACAUCCCUAUUUGCUCUAUUCGAUAUCUCAUCUAUGCACACAAAAUCAAAAAAAUUGGUGGCAAACAGCCAUGGACAAAGCUUCAUCUUCAGAAUUUGCCAAUCAUCUUGCAAUUAUUCGUCUGGAUGAUGAGAAUCUCAAUCAGCAUCCACCGAAACUUAUUCUACUUGAAACUGCUAAAAUACUUUUUAAAACAGCUCAAAUUGACUAUGAACAACAUGCUAAUCGAUCUGCAUUAUUGUAUGAACAAUAUGCUAUUCAAUAUUUUCAAACGGCUAAAGCAAAUUUAAAUAAUCAUGAACUGUCUGAUAUAUCGAAAAGUACACAUACUAAAUCGUUUUUCUUCUAUCCAAAAAAGUCGAUGAAUGAAACGAACGAAAAUAAUAAAAAACUAAUUGAACAAUUAAUUGAAGAAUGUAAAAAACUUGCUCGACAAUGCGAUGAAUUAAAAUCACUACCUCUACCAGAACCACCGCGAAGAUCAAGUCCAACAAAAGAAGAAGAAGACGACGAAGAAAAAGGCCUUGACAUUUCAACUAUUUUAAGUCCUGUUCAUGUCGGAAUAGAAGAAAAAAAAUCACCGAAUGUCGAUACAACGUUAUUUGUUACACCACCAAUAAUAAAUAAAAGUUGUGAUGUUUCUGUUCAAACACAUGAACCAAUCGCGUCACUACCGGUUACUACAAUGGCAACAGUCGAUGAAGAUCCUGAGACAUCGGCAUCUUCAUUACCGCCAUUUGUUGAUGUGAUAUUUUCUCAUAUGAAUACGGUUAAUCAAUGGCUCAAUCGGUAUUGUACAAACAAUGACGGAAUUCAAAAUGAUAUUAUUACCAUCCGAGAUCAUCUUGAAAAACUUAAUCGAGCAACAAGUCAGAUGAUCUUUACAAAUGUUAAAAUGUUUAAAUCGAGUUCAAGCGAAGGGAGUGAACAUGGUGAUUCUUCACAACAAUGA